UGUCUGCCUUGAUCAAUAGGACUUGAUGCUUCGACAUGGCUGGAGAACAGGAGCGAUUGUACCAGAAUUAGAUACAGAAAUCAGCACCAUUAACACCGAACAGUUUACACAUGGACUGACCUGGCUACAGGUUCUGACAGGACUUCUGGAGAGGCUGCAGGUAUAUCAGGAUGCUGAGUCUAAACAAGUGCUCAAUGAAUGGAUAAAGGAGAGACAAGAAUUAAUGUCUCUGACCAAGAAUUUAUUCAAUCCCCAGUUCGGGAGCAUCUUCAGGACCUAUCAUAACCCGACCUAUUUUUCACGAAGAUUGUGCAGAUUCUCUGACAUCUACAUGUCAUCCAUCAGUUGUCUGUUAAACUAUGACACCAGCUACACCUUCUAUCCGAGACGGACUCCUUUGCAACAUGAAGCACCACUCUGGAUGGACCAGCUUUGCACCGGCUGCAUGAAGACUCCUUUCCUGGAAGAGAUGGUCCACAUGCGAUAAACUCCAUUUUAGUUCCGUUGCAGAUUUGGUUUAAUGGUACAUUUUCAUCCAAAAAGUUUACCCACAGGUUGUAAACAAUGUGGCCUGUUCUUAUUUGAAAAGGUGUGAAUUGUGCGUUUGAAUAGAAAAUGAUAGUGGUGAUCGAAAUGAUCAUGAUCAUAGUGAAAUAGAGUAACUAUUGUUAAUCCUUCCUAGACCAGGCCCUAUUCCACUUUCCGGUCGAUGAGACCUGCUGUGGAUUCUCUCCCUUUUUUUUUUUUUUUUGUUCGAAAUUCAAGUCUGCUUUACAUAGUCUGCAAAAGUUUUCUUAUAUCACUGAAAACGUAAGGUCUGGAUGGAUGACUCUCAUUGGUCCAAUUAUCAGUCAUUUUAAUUUCCACAAUUUGCAGAGGGUUGACCUUUAAAAUUUUAAUCUUUGUCUCUGGCCAUAAGACCUAAAUUUUUUAAUAGUAGUGUAACUGUAGAAUCUCACUUCAGGCUGUCGGUCUCUGGGGCCUUUGCAUCUUGCAAAUGAGAAAUGUGAGGGUGCACGUGGGAAGUGGAAUUGUAUUUAAAAUGCGUGUGCUGUACGAUUCAUCGAAUUCAUUUCAAUACAUUGUGAUGUGGGACUUGUUAAAGGGAAGAAUUAUUAAUGUGGUUAGAUAGUUGUAUUUAUAGAUAUUCCACGCUAGGAUGUUUCACUUGAAGCCAGCUUAAGCAUUUUGAAAAUGCAUAAAGAAUUGUUUUAACUUUGAGCAGCAUGUGUACUUGUGCACUGGUUCUUCAGGCGCUUUUGAAAGGUGUUUCACACGAUGUAAUCUAUACCAGAUCACAAACUUCUGUUCAUAGUGCCCACAAGAUCCUGUAAUUGAAGCUAUUCAAAUCUGCAAAGUUAAUUCUCAAGGUUUUCUUAAGCUUUUCUGGAACUAAUUUCCUUGUUUUUCUGCCACCCAAAAAAAAAAGUCCUCCCCAAAACCAUGAAACAUUGCAACGUAAUCGCUUCUUGUGUGAUCUUAUCUCAAAUUCUGACAUUGGACCAAAUUUGUUUUAGUAUUUUGCAACGGCAAAAUUAUAUUCGGAGGGCCAUAAUGAGGUACAAAAUGCAACUGCAUUUCUCAAUUAUGUCCAUUAAUAAGUGUUACAUUGGAAUUUAUCAUUUUAAGGGGUCACCAGUGAGUUUUAAUAUUAAAAGAUGCUUAAGACCAAUUUCAUGCACAAAGUGUAUGCAGACAUUGUAUUGCCUUGUGAAUUGAUAGAUUAACCUGAAUCUGUGGGACAAGGAGUUUGGAACAAGAGAGAACGAACUUUCCUGACCACUGGGCCCAGAACAAGUAUCAUUAGGAAGAAAGACUUGGAAGGGAACGAAGAGAAUGGUGCUUUUACUAGUUUACGUAUGUUCUAAAAUGUGAAAAAAAUAAUAGAGAAAAAUUUUAAGGGAGGAUAUUAUAGGCAUGUCAUCAUGGCUACAAAGAACUUGCACCUGUUUUUUUUUUUUAUAUUGUGGUAUGGUGACCUGAAGCACUUGCCUGUUUUAGAAGAUUAGAGUUGAGUAAGUUGGUUGAAGGGAUAGUGAAAGGUUUGGGAGAAGUUGUAGCUGGGCAGAUAAACUUAGGGAGGAUUUGGAGAGAUUCGGCUGAAAGCUCUGUAUCCACUGUGACAGCAAAAGGUUGUCGGGGAUAUGGCGGAACACUCAAAUUGGCAAUACGGAAAUUAAAACUGUGGUUCAGUAAGAAGGCUGGAUGUUAGAUGCAAGAUGCUGCUGCAAGUAACCUGAUCUAAACUUCUGCUGACACGCUUACCUGUAUUGACAGGUCAUUUUUAUGAAUCUUGAAUAAAUUUGUUACAGAAAUAUUGAAAAUAAAACUCUUUUUGAUCUAUUAUUAGUAGUGGAUCAAUGGUGCUGUUGCUGUGUGAUGUGGAGCCCAUUUUGGUAUUUUGCUGCUAAGCUGGCCUGUUCAAUCAGGCCUGUUAGAGUACCCUGUGCAGAAAUCCAGGUUACAGCUUGUUGUUUCGGAUAAUUUAAGGUCAGUAAAUUGCUUGAAAAUGAAAGCAAAAUACUGCUGAUGCUGUAAAUUCCUUGAGAUUUUAGGCUCUGGGUGAAAAGAACCCACUAAGAAGACUUGCUUUCUUUUGUCUUUUUAACUUGUUUUGAAUAACGAGCUGUGAUUCCUGUAUUGAGACAUGCAUGCACUAACUGCAUUGAGUUAAAACUGCCAUUCUGCAGAGGAAGCUUGAUGUAGUCAUUGAUUUUUUUUUUGAGGAUUUACCAAUACAUAGUGCUGUUUAUAGUUAUUUAUAGUACUGGUUUUGACCUUAAACUUUACAACCUUUUUUGUCUUUGCUGAUCUGUGGUUUAAAUGCACACAUCAGUUGUGUAAAUCUGCACAUUAACCCAUUAAGUUGUCAGUACACUUGAAUUUUGAUUUAACGUUCCAGUUUCUAAUGUUUUGAGAUUUGGAAAGGGUACCAUUUAAGUUUCUUUCACCUUUUUAGCCUCGACAGCUUCAGUAAAAAUUGUGAAUUCAUCACAUGAUCACCAAAAAUAAUGUAUUUAGCAGUCUAUUCAAUGCAUCAGUGCAGUGAAGAUCCACCCGAUUCCCAAUAACAUUCUUUUAAAAUCCAAUACUCCCGGCUUUACGUAAUGCUAAAGGACCAAGGAGUACAUUGUUUUAUCAACAGCAAAGCGAGAUGAAAUAGAGGUGGCUACCAUUUAGCAAGCAUUUUAUUUUUCUUCAGUUCAUCUUUUAUGUGGUUUUGAAAGAAUUGUUAAUUACUGUAAAUUUUAUUUUCAAUUAAAUCUUUAUAAACUGAACAUCUAUUCUGAACUUAUCAACUGCAGUUAAGUAUCAACAACCAGAAACCACAUUCAUACCCAUAUUUCAAAGUUAGUACACUGGAACUGUUGAGCAAUGUAGUUCUGUAUUUGUUUAAAGUUGGUGGAUUAAGUCCAGAAUGAUAACAGUUGUGUAGAUUGAGUGAGUGUUUUUCUUUUGGGAUGGUAAAGUUGCCUGAUAGGCAGCUCAUUAUUGAGCACCUGUCCCAAUCAGAUGAAAUUCAGUGCCCAGUAUGGAUGAGAAAAUUGAUCAUUUUAAAGCACGUGAAUAUGUUGCUUUUGUAGAACUGGCAACUCUGCUGCCUGGUUGCUGCAAAUGUUACUCUGUACCCAGCAGCUUGAAAGAUGUGUGGUACAUACAGGUAGUCCUGACUGAGAUUGGGAACUCCAACAAUGGAUGUUUGCAGCUGCAAACUAUCAGGCUGCUCUGGGGUGCAAUUUUCCAAGCUAUUCUAAAAGUUAGUCUUUCUUAGUUUCUUCUUUUUCUGGUAAAUUGUUUCUUGGUUGCAAAGUUCCCUACUUUUCCAACUUGCUACUUUAAAGUUGCACUUUUUAAAAAUAGCUUUAGCGUGUACAAUGUAUCUUAUAAAGCUUCUGAUUUCAUCUAUUCCUUUAUAGAAUUCCUCAUUUCUACACCACCUUCCACAUUUUCCAUGACUAUUUUGUAGCAUUAUGGGAGGUCACGCAAAAACAUCACUUUUCUCGUCUGGAGAUGAACAGCUUUGUCCAUGGAGAGUCAACAACGGCACUGAACUGCACAGUGCCAUUAACAUAACAAAAUGUCCCAAAAUGCUUCACAACAGCAUUGUGAAUCAAAUUAUGACAGCGUCACAAAAGGAGCUAAUUGGGUAAGAUGACCAAAUGUUUGCUCAAGUAGUAAGUUUGAAGGAAUAUCUCAAAGGAAGGGAGUGAGGAAGAGUGCUGCAGUGAUUUAGGGAGGGAAUUCUAGAGCCUAGGAUUUCAAGACAUAGCCAUUGCUGGAGCAUUUAAAUUUGGGGAUGCACAAGGCCAGUAUAAAAGGAAUGCAAUUAUUCUAGUUGAGGCUGGAAGACAUUGUAUAUAGAGGGAGAUACAAAGUCCUGGAGAGAUUUUAAAAUGGGAAUGAGAAUUGUAGUAUCUAGAUGCUUGAUUGGAUUUGUUUUAUGUUUUUUUUAAUCCAAAAGUUCAAUAGCUGAAGUAGGUAGCAUUUUCUUUUAAUUUAAAAAAGCUUCCCCCUUAUUCACAAUUUUCGGAUCACCAUAGCAGUCGUCUUGCACAUUUUUAGAUCAUGGAGCUCAUGAAAACAGAUAACUAUAUAAGUCAUCUUGCUUUCCCAGCUGGGCAAAGUUGAGUUUUGGGUUUUUGCAAUAUUCAGCUUCCAUGUUUCAUGAAAUUGUAAACUGGUUAUGUGACAUUUUCCAACUUGUCUCUCUGUUUGCUUAUGUAUUUGAAAUGCCUCAUAGUUUUGUGUUCAAGUUGAGCUGAAUUGUUGUUGAUAAUGUUAGAAAUUGAAGUGUCCUGUAGUAAGUAAGUGAACUGUUGCUGUGAUACCUUGGCUUAUAGAGAUGUCACAUCUUUUGGGUUUUUCGGCUGUAGUUUUCAGUUAUGAACUGUCAAUGUUUCACACUGAUUUAACACUAUUUUGACUUGCUUGCUUCAUGUAUUUAACAUCUAAUGAAAUGUUUUAGAAGUCUGAGUUUUAAAACAAAAUGGGUGAUGUAAUGUCUUCUGUACUGUAUAUUUCAGAAAUAAUAAACUAGGUAAGUGA